GUUAGGACCAGAGCAGUUCCAUUCAGAGCAAUAACAUCUCUUUUAUGCACAUCUGUCUAACUGGGCGGUAUUUAAAAAUGCAGAGACUUUGGUAAUUAUGAUUUACUGGCAGACAGCUCAGUCAUUGCAGUGCACAAGGAGAGAAAAGAGCCUCCCCAGAAAGCAUUGAUGUCAAGUUCUUCCCAGCAGCGGAGGGGAAUACACAUAGGAUUUUCAUGGCAGGCUGCAAGGAACAUGGACGGCCACUCCAGAUUUAAUCGGGGAAAUAACACUGGGCGAAUAAAUCUGUAGAAAAGAUAUUCAAUGUGCUUGGCAAUGGGUAUGAAGCUGAGAUGGACAAAAUGCAGCCAGAGCUUUGACACCAAUACCUGUGCAGCAGCACAACACUACCCCAAAAGCAACUGUACUACCCAGCUGAAAACAUAAGAGCAAAAAAAAUCAGACAUGCUGAACAAGUAUGACUAUGAGAGAGGAAGCAUUUUUAUCUCAUCGCUGAAGAUGCACAGGCAGAACAGCACAGGCAAAAAAAACAAGAAAAUCAAAAACUUUCGCUCCCUGUCAAAAUCUCUGAUUCUCUGCAAUGCCAAAAAUAGUGAUGAUGGGUCAAGCCUGGAAGAAAAAUACACAGAGAUCACAGACACGCCGCAUUCCAUUGUACGGGAUUCUGACUCACUGACAACUGAUACGUUCCAAAUUGCCAGCAUGAUCCCUGACCCCAUGAUCAGAAAAAUCAUUGUAUCUAAAGCCACAUCAGCUGAUCCAACGCCAAGCAAACCCUCUCUGAUGGAGCCAAAUUAUUUUCUCGAAUUUAAAACAGAACUUGAUAACCCUUGUCCUCUGAAAAUGAAGGCUAGAUGUACCAGGACAAGAAGCAAUUCGACAAGUGUCAAUCCUUACUGGAUUGGUGAAAUUGAUCCUCCGCUUACCAAGAGACCAACAAACUGCCGAGAGAUACAAUCAGCAAACCUCUACAGUAACCGGAAAUCAAUGUCUCAACAGCUAGACUGUUUAUCAGGUGGAGUGCAGAGCGUUUCCCAACCAUCACGAUCUCUGAGUACAGCACAACUAAUAAACACAAGAAGCCUUCAAGCAUCUAUGAUUUCCAACAUUAUCUUAAUGAAAGGACAGGGAAAGGGUUUGGGAUUCAGUAUUGUUGGAGGAAAGGACAGUAUUUAUGGGCCAGUUGGCAUCUAUGUGAAGACAAUUUUUCCAGAAGGAACAGCGGCUGCUGAUGGGAGAUUACAAGAAGGGGAUGAAAUUCUGGAACUCAAUGGCGAGUCUAUGUAUGGGCUAACACAUAACGAUGCUCUGCAAAAGUUUAAGCAAGUGAAGAAAGGGGUGCUCACUCUGACAGUUCGCACAGGACUUGGUGCGCUAGAAGAAAAGGCUGGCUACUUUGCCUCCCAGAUGUUUCGUUCCAAAAGCUCCAGUUGCUGUGUAGCCAGAGAGCACAGCCCACUACAGUCGGAAAGCCACGCAUUCUUAUUAAGCUCCCACAACCCCAAUGACAGAGUGCUGAUGGAAGUGGCAAUGCAUAAAGAGUCGGGCGUUGGCUUGGGGAUAGGACUGUGCAGUAUUCCAAACUGUGGGGGAAUUUCCACCAUAUUCAUUCAUUCACUCUCUCCUGGCUCUGUGGCGCAUAUGGAUGGAAGACUCAGGGCUGGUGAUGAGAUUGUGGAGAUAAAUGAGAGUGUUGUCAGUAAUAAAUCUCUAAAUGAGGUGUACGCACUUUUAAGCCACUGCCCAUCUGGUCCUGUCACUAUCCUUAUUAGCCGACAUCCAGAUCCACAGAUCUCUGAAAAACAGUUGAAGAAUGCUAUUUCACAGGCUGUGGAAAAUAGCAGAUGUGAAAAAGAUCCCCACUCGUGGAGCUAUGAAGGUGAGAGAAGGUUCUUUUCUUGCUUCCAUGGCAAAUACCAAUGUGAAAGCUGCAUAGGGAGACAUGCUUCUUAUCUGUAUAACAGUCGUAGAGGGCAGAAGAAAAUGGUCCGCUCCAGCAGUGAAGGAAGCUAUAGCCCUGUGUCCCUAGGACCCAACAUGAACUCCUACCAGUCACACACUGUGGCAAGUAGGGUGCAUAGCGUUAAUGUCCCUCUUGGAACAGAGCCGGCUGUACUGCAUUAUUCUACUCCAGUUUCCAGGGUGGAAAACCAUUCUCCUGAUCACCCCGAAGGACUAAGCGGGUCUCAGUCAUCCUACAAAAAAUCCAAUGGUCAUUCUGGAGAGAUCCUUGUGAAAAAAUUAACAACAAAACCAAUUCCACCACCUAGAAAGUAUUAUAAAGAAGACCUAAAGGAGGAUAUAAAUCACUGUGAAGAGAAAGGACAAUCUGUGGAUGAAACAGGAAACUUACAGCUAAAGGGAAACCAGCAAAUGACAAGCAAGAGCAUAUUAGACACAUCCUCAUCAACCAGCGGGUGCUCAUACACAAGUGCUGCUGAGCCAGAUAAGCACCCCGACACAGGAAAUCCUGUAUCAAACCGCCGACCGCUACUUAGGAGGCAGGCACCUGUUGACUACAGCUUUGACACAACAAGUGAAGAUCCGUGGGUCAGAAUCUCUGAUUGCAUCAAAAAUUUGUUUAGUCCCCUCAUAAACGAAGGCCAGAACUUAAUGGAUCUAGAAAGUAGCAUUAGUACGGCGGGUGGCAAUACAGAGAAACUCAGAAGAGAUUCUGCAUGUGAGGACUCUCAAAUGUGCAGUCCUCAAGAAAUGAGUAACUACAAAAAGGGUCCACCAGUUGCUCCCAAGCCAACCUGGUUCCGGCAAAGUCUGAAGGGGUAUAAGAAUGUAGAUAAACAGCCAACUGAUAGCACAUCUAUGGAUAAAUACAAAGAGAUUCAUAACAAUGUUAAACCACAAACUUCAAGUCGAACAUCAUCAAUUAAGCAAAAGAUAAAUUCCUUUGAGACAUUCAGCACACCUCCACCAGUUGGAAAAAUAAGUGACAGGGGGAAUGUUACAUCUUCAGCACCGAAUGACAAGCCCUUUAACAAACAAGAAGUAGAAAGUGUGACAGUCUGUUUGAACAAUGUGACCGUGAGCCCAGCUGAAAUUCCUGAAGCUAUACAGCCCCAUUUGGCUAUUCCAAAGUCUCCUGAAAAAAAAGAACCAGAGCUGUCUCAGUCACCACCAAAAUCCUGUUUCCAGGGCAUGCGAAGGAGCAGCAGUACUAGUAAUGAACCUCAGUUUCUGUCUUCUGAGUUCAGUGAACUCAUACCAUGCAAGACUCUGAGCCAGAGAUCUAGGAGCUUCCCGUUGGGUGCCACUACACCUUCUGAUGUUCUGAAGACAAAUGAAAACAAUAGUAAGAUCUAUUCCAUCAGCAACCAGGUCUCCUCUGCUUUAAUGAAGUCAUUGCUGUGCUUCCCUCAGUCUCCACAGCUACAAGUCACAAAUCCCUGGCAGAGUGAAUCUUACCUUGUAGAUGAGGUCCCAUCCAGCCCUAAGACUGAAAGCCACCAUUUAGACACUGGAUUUUCUGUAAACUUGUCUGAAUUAAGAGAGUACGGAGCAGGACAACCAGAAAAGGAGAAGGAGGAGGAUGUCCGAGAACAGUCACUUGCAUUGCAUUCAGUGCCUGCUGGCCAGUCUGUCAUAUCUCUGCUCCCAAGAGAAGAAUUAACUGCACUGAUAGAGGAAGUCAAAGGGCUAGAUGAAGAAACACUGAAGCAAUUUGAUGACAUCCAUGUUGUAGUUUUGCAUAAGGAAGAGGAUACUGGCCUUGGAUUCAGUCUUGCAGGAGGACUUGAUUUGGAGAACAAAACUAUAACUGUGCACAGAGUUUUCCCCACUGGGCUGACUGCUCAAGAAGGAACAAUCCAGAAAGGAGAUAAAGUUCUAUCCAUCAAUGGAAAGUCAUUGAAGGAAGUUACACACAAUGAUGCUCUUGCCAUUUUGCGCCAGGCACGCGACAAUAGACAAGCUGUUAUUGUCAUAAAGAAAGGGAACGAUGGAGAGCAACCAGCAGAAUCACUAGACUCAGCAUUCUCUGCUCUAACUGAUGACUCAACAGCAACAAAUUCUGAUGACACAGGGGACAUCGUUGUCGUUACUCUUGAAAAAUCCUUGGCUGGACUCGGAUUCAGCUUGGAUGGUGGGAAAGGCUCUGUACAAGGAGACAGACCUGUCAUUAUUAACAGGAUUUUUAAAGGUGUUUCAGAAAAGAAUAAUGCAGUGCAGUCUGGAGAUGAACUACUGCAGCUGGGAAACAUCAGUUUGCAAGGUCUCACGCGUUUUGAAGCAUGGAAUGCCAUUAAGACUUUACCAAGUGGGCUUGUCCAAGCUGUCAUUAGGAGAAAAAGCCCUUACUCCACUGUGAACCAAUAGAGCAUUAGGAUAACGUUUGAUACUUUACUCUCAUAACUAGCAUUCAGACAUAACAGAGCUUUAACACAUGUGGGCACAUUUACUUAGCUCGAGUGAAGGAAUAGAAUAAAAAAUACUUCGAAUUUCGAAGUAUUUUUUUGGCUACUUCGACCAUCGAAUUGGCUACUUCGACCUUUGACUACGACUUUGAAUCGAACGUUUCGAACUAAAAAUCAUUCGACUAUUCGAUAGUCGAAGUAAUGUCUCUUUAAAAAAAACUUCGACCACCUACUUCGC